UGAUUUAAAGGAUUAAACCUCUCAAAUAUUUUCAUUUAAAAGAAGAGAAAAAAAAAAAAAAAAGAAGAAGAAAACUAAAACCCUGUUCCUGGACAGCUGCCGAUGAAGAACAUUCAUCCAAUCCUAUGAUCAUAGACCUCCACAGCCUGUUCAGGUGAAUGAAAUGGAUUUGAAACAUAAAGGUAUAUCAUGGGUUGGAAACAUGUUCCAAAAGUUCGAAGCAGUUUGCCUGGAAGUGGAUAAUAUUAUAAACCAGGAUAAGGUUAAAUAUGUCGAAAACCAGGUUAGUUCAGCAAGUGCAAAUGUGAAGAGGUUAUACUCUGAAGUUGUUCAAGGUGUACUUCCACCUAUAGGGGAUCCCAUGAAAUAUGAAGCUAAAGCACUGGCUCAGAGGGGACAUGUUCCAGUUAAUGCAUAUUUCAGGUCACCGCCACACAACGAAGGAAAAGCUGCAAGUAAUGUUGUUAAUAAAUCAUCUGUGGGGCAUGGUACUAGUUCUACUGAUCAAAUAGAUAACCGAAGCCAAGCAUCUUGUCAAGUUCCCUUUGUAAAUGAAGAAGUUGCUCAAGUUCCCAAUCACUCGGCUCUUGAGUUGAAUGCUGAUUUAACUUUGAAAAAGAAUGACGGUGUCGUUUUAGAUAAAGGCUUGCAUGAGAGCAUGAAAGAAAAUACCGUUAGUGAACUACUUUCAAAGACUAAUGAUGGCUCAUUUACAGAUAAGCUUACCCUCAUGGAGUCCAAUGCUAGUGAUCCUUUGAAUCACUCACUAAGCAAUGUAAAUACAGACAUUAAUGAUAUUAAGAAAAGAGCUUCUUCAGUUUGUGAUGGCUUUGAUAUGCAAUUGGAAGACAAUGUACUUUCAGUAGGGAGCGGUGAUGGGGUCUUGACGAAUAAAGAUGAAAGUAAGAGUUUUAAAAAAAAUACUUUUAGUGAGUUACUUUCAGAGAAAAAUGAUGGCUCAUUGACAGACAAGCUUUCCCUCAUGGAGCCAGAUGCUAGUGAUCCUUUGAGUCACUCACUGAGCAAUGUAAGUACUGGAAUUAAUGAUGUUAAUAGAAGAGCUUCUAUGGUUUGUGAUAGCUUUGAUCUGCAAUUGGAGGACGAUGUACUUUUAACAGGGAACAAUGCUGGGGUUUUGACAGAUAAAGAUGAAAGUAAGAGUUCUGAAGAAAAUAUGUAUGAACUACUGUCAGAGAAAAAUGAUGACUCAUUGAGAGAUAAGCUUACCCUCAUGGAGUCAACUGCUAGCGAUCCUUUGAGUCAUUCAUUGAGCAUUCUAAGUACUGAAAUUAAUGAUUCUAAUAAGAAAGCUUCUUUGGUUUGUGAUGACUUCGAUAUGCAAUUGGAGGAUGAUGUACUUUUAGUAGGGAACAAUGGUGGGGUUUUGACAGAUAAAGAUGAAAGCAAGAGUUCUGAAGAGGAUAGCACCAUGAAGCUCAAUGCUAGUGAUCCUUUGAAGCAUAUGGCUAAUUGUACAUCUUGUGAAGUUAAAGUUACAAAUGAUGAAGCAAUUCUUAUUCUGGAUAAUUCUCAUUUACCAAUGGAAUCUUCCAGUCUCUCAUGGAAGAAUGACAGCAACUUAUCAAAUGAAAGCUCAGAUGAGUUUCUAAAGAAAUCUGUCACCAUGGAAUCUAACACUGCCGAUCAUUUGAAUGAAAACCAUCCUAAUCAUGUAUGGAGUGGGACAAACUUUGUGGGUAAAGAAGCUGAUGAUUCUAAUUUUCUUUUGAAAUCUGUGGUGCUUUCGGGCGAGAUGGAUCAUGUCGUGAUGGAUAAAGACUUCGAUAGGAGUUCUUUGAAGGGUGCUAUCUUUGAGGAUGAUCCUAGAAGUCAUUUGUUGAAUCUACCCAGGCAUGCAAAUGGAAUUAGCUUCACCAACGAAGAAGAUAUUAUGGUUUCUGAUAGAAAUCAUCUGCAGUUGGGGACGGAGAUACUUGCUAGAAAGAAUGAUGAUGCCUUGACCAUUAAACACUCCAAUGAAAGUUUAAAAAAUGAUACCAUCUUGGAGUUGGAGCAUGAUGCAAAUUAUCCUUUAAAGAACCAGCCAAGAUGCAGAUCAAGCAGCACAAAAUAUAAAAAGGAAGAAGUUUCUUUGGUUUCAAAUGAUUCUUUUCUAAAGUUAAAGAGUGGGGUCAUGUUGGGGAAGAAUGGUAAAGCUUUAAUAGAUAAAGCAUCAGAUGUAAGUUGUAAAGAACAGGCCAAUUUAGAAUUAUCAACUGAGUUAGCUUUGCAUUGUGGUGAAGAGUCAAUCAAGGAAACUUUAUGCAGUUAUGGUAAUGAAUUUGAAGGGGACAUUGUGACCUUAAAUGGAGGUCUACAGGAAACUUUGAUUCAUUGUGCAGAUGUUGAAUCGAUCCAUAAAGAGCAAACUUCCAACUUCUCGGUAAACAAUUUACUUGGUUUUUCACAAACGAUGGAGACAACUUCGAAGUACUUGGAAAAUGGAAUUAGUUGUUCUUCUAAUGCUGUAGAUGCUACUUCUUCUGAACUGGCUUCAAUAGUUUUAACUAGUGGGGAAAUUGUGGAAGAGAACAAUUUACUUGGUUUUUCACAAACGAUGGAGACAACUUUUAAGUACUUGGAAAAUGGAAUUGGUUGUUCUUCUAAUGCUGUAGAUGCUAUUUCUGCUGAACAGGCUGCAAUAGUUUUAACUAGUGGGGAAACUGUGGAAGAGAACAAUUUACUUGGUUUUUCACAAACGAUGGAGACAACUUUUAAGUACUUGGAAAAUGGAAUUGGUUGUUCUUCUGAUGCUGUAGAUGCUACUUCUUCUAAACAGGCUUCAAUAGUUUUAACUAAUGGGGAAACUGUGGAAGAGACACAGCCAGUCUCCUCUUUGAAACCCCUAGCAAAGGGUUCUUUUUCUGCUUUUAGACGUUCAUUCAGCAACCUUUCUAGUGGCACUGCUGUCCAUGAAAAACCUGUUGAACACAAUGCACACACUGAAUGUAGAUCUCGUUCAUCGUUUGAAGUAUUCAAUAGUCCAUCUUAUGGAAACAACGCUUCAAAUAUGAAACUUGUCUCCUCCAAAAGCUCCUUAUCAUCAAUGGAAUCAUUAGCUGAGACUCAUGCUUCAAGAGCCAAUGAUACGACAUUUCUUCCUAAAUUUUAUACUAGAAGGCAGGGUGAUAUUUCCAAAUCUACUAGUUCUGGGAAUCCAAGUUUCUCUACUGUAGGUUGUCCACAUGAUUCCAGCGACUAUAUUUUGGAUGCGGAAAUGGAAACAGUGGAUUUGGGACAUAAAGUGACCCAUGAAAAUGAGUGUGACGUUCUUGACUAUAAAGCUCUCCAUGCUGUCUCUCGCAGAACCCAAAAGCUCCGUUCUUACAAGAAGAGAAUCCAGGAUGCUUUUACUUCCAAAAAGAGGUUGGCAAAGGAAUAUGAACAACUAGCAAUCUGGUAUGGAGAUACUGAUAUGGAAUUCAGCACAAACAGUUCACAGAAAUUGGAGAAGGAGAAUACAUCAACCAAUUAUCUAUCUGACUCUGAGUGGGAGCUCCUGUAAAUAAGACAACUAAUUUAGUUGGUCUCUGCAAUCAAUAUUGUUUUCAGGUGGAGGAGAAUCCUCUGUGCUGGAGAUCAAGAGAAAGCUAGUCUGUAAAUACCCUACUGUAGUCACCUUAUCUGUUGCAGGGCAUGACACCAGCAUAAGUAACCUUGGAAAUUCCGAAAUAAACGAGUUGUAAUAAAUUUUGCUGCACAUAAUGCACUCUUUCUGGGCUGUAAACCUAAAUGUUUUAAUUAAUUAAUUUAUUUAAAUAUACAUAUCUUUGGUAAAUAAAGCUGUCUUGGUUUUUUUCCCUGGUUGGGAAUGA